AUGUCUGGCUUUCUCGAGACCGCGUACAGCUUGGUCCACCAGGACAAUGCUGCCGAUGUUCCCUCCGCCUCCGACCUGCGCACGCAGCUCGAAAAGGGUACCGAUGAGACCAAGAUCGAGACCAUGAAGACUAUCCUGACUAUCAUGCUCAACGGCGACCCAAUGCCCAGCCUGCUCAUGCACAUUAUCCGAUUUGUCAUGCCUUCCAAGCACAAGCACCUGAAGAAGCUGUUAUAUUUCUACUACGAGAUCUGCCCCAAGCUCGAUUCGUCUGGCAAGCUCAAGCAGGAGAUGAUUUUGGUCUGCAAUGGAAUCCGUAACGACUUGCAACACCCCAACGAGUACAUUCGAGGCAACACUCUCCGUUUCCUUUGCAAGCUGCGAGAGCCUGAGCUUAUCGAACCCCUUCUCUCCUCGGCGCGAUCAUGUCUCGAGCACCGACAUGCAUAUGUGCGAAAGACCGCUGUCUUUGCCAUCUCCUCCAUCUUCUCGCACUCGCCGUCUCUCAUCCCUGAUGCCUCAGAGCUGAUCACCACCUUCCUGGAAGGUGAAUCCGACGCCACUUGCAAGAGAAAUGCAUUUGCAGCUCUGUCUAGCAUCAAUCACGAUGCAGCUCUGAUCUACCUUGGUUCUGUCUUCGAGGGUAUCACCAACGCAGAGGAGCUUCUACAGCUAGUCGAGCUCGAGUUUAUUCGCAAGGAUGCUGUCCAGAACUCUCAGAACAAGGCACGAUACUUGAGAUUAAUCUUUGAUCUUCUGGAGGCUAACACGUCCACUGUUGUAUACGAAGCUGCGUCAUCUCUGACUGCCCUUACUAACAACCCUGUCGCCGUCAAGGCUGCUGCUGCCAAGUUUAUCGAGCUCAGCAUUAAGGAGGCCGAUAACAAUGUCAAACUGAUCGUUCUGGAUCGUGUAGAUCAGCUUCGAAAGAAGAACCAGGGUGUUCUAGAUGACUUAACGAUGGAGAUCCUGCGAGUGCUCUCCAGCACUGACAUCGAUGUACGAAAGAAGGCCCUAGAAAUCGCCCUCGAGAUGGUUUCAAGCAAGAACGUCGAGGAGGUUGUGUUGCUCCUUAAGAAGGAGCUCUCCAAGACUGUCGACCAAGAGUAUGAGAAGAACAGCGAGUACCGCUCGCUACUCAUUCACUCCAUCCAUCAAUGCGCAAUCAAAUUCUCCGAGGUCGCCGCCAGUGUCGUCGAGCUUCUCAUGGACUUCAUCAGCGACUUCAACAAUGCCUCUGCCGUCGAUGUUAUCAGCUUUGUCAAGGAAGUCGUUGAAAAAUUCCCCAACCUGCGCACAACUAUCGUCCAGCGCCUCGUUUCGACACUCGGUGAAGUCCGUGCCGGCAAGGUCUAUCGUGGUAUUCUCUGGAUCAUUGGUGAAUACUCUUUGGAAGAGAAGGACAUCCGCGACGCUUGGAAGAGGAUACGCGCUAGCUUGGGAGAAAUCCCCAUCCUUGCUUCCGAGCAGCGCUUGCUCGAAGACCAGGAUGAUGAUGGGAAGCCCGAGGAUCUGCUCAACGGAUCAUCAAAACCUGUUGCUCCCAGCGGCUCCCGAAAGGUCCUUGCGGACGGCACAUACGCAACGGAGACCGCUCUCACCAGCCAGUCCUCGGCAGCUGCCAAGCUGGAGGCUGUCAAGGCCGCACAGAAGCCACCCCUGCGUCAACUCAUCCUCGAUGGCGACUACUACCUGGCUACUGUUCUCUCUUCUACCCUUGUCAAGUUGGUUAUGCGCCAUUCCGAGAUCUCAGCCGAUAAGGCUCGGACAAACGCCCUGAGGGCUGAAGCCAUGCUUAUUAUGAUCUCUAUUCUACGUGUCGGCCAGUCUCAGUUCGUCAAGGCACCCAUUGACGAGGACUCAGUAGACCGUGUUAUGUCUUGCGUACGAUCCCUGGCCGAAUUCACCGAGAAGAAGGAGCUGGAGGCUGUGUGGCUGGAUGACACCCGCAAAGCUUUCCGAGCUAUGGUUCAAGUGGAGGAGAAGAAGCGGGCCGCCAAGGAAGCCGUCGAGAAGGCAAAAACUGCUGUGCAGGUUGAUGAUGUCGUGGACAUUCGUCAAUUGUCCAAGCGCAACACCUCAGAUGGUGUUAACGAAGUCGAGGUAGACCUCGAGCGUGCCACAGGUGGUGAGGGCGGCGCGGAGGACCUCUCCUCCAAGCUCAACCGAGUGGUUCAGCUCACCGGUUUCUCGGACCCCGUGUACGCCGAAGCCUACGUCAAGGUUCACCAAUUCGACAUUGUCCUCGACGUGCUACUGGUCAACCAGACCACCGAGACCCUGCAGAAUCUCUCCGUUGAGUUCGCCACCCUCGGCGACCUCAAGGUUGUCGAGCGCCCAACUACUCAGAACCUUGGACCUCACGACUUCCACAACGUCCAGUGCACCAUCAAGGUGUCGUCUACCGAUACCGGCGUCAUCUUUGGUAAUGUCAUCUACGACGGUGCCCACUCCACGGAUACCAACGUCGUGAUCCUAAAUGAUCUCCAUGUCGACAUCAUGGACUACAUCCAGCCCGCCACUUGCACCGAGACCCAGUUCCGCACCAUGUGGACCGAGUUUGAGUGGGAGAACAAGGUCAACAUCAACUCCAAGGCCAAGUCGCUCCGUGAAUUCCUGGAGCAGCUUAUGGCAUGCACCAACAUGAACUGCUUGACGCCCGAGGCCAGUCUCAAGGGUGACUGCCAGUUCCUGAGCGCCAACCUAUACGCUCGCAGUGUAUUUGGAGAGGAUGCCCUUGCCAACUUGAGCAUCGAGAAGGAGGGUGAGGACGGCCCCAUCACCGGCUUCGUCCGCAUCAGGAGUAGAUCCCAGGGUCUGGCCCUGAGCCUCGGCUCACUCAAGGGCCUGAGCAAGAUCGGCUCCACGUAA